AAUAUUUUAUUUUAAAACACUCAGGGACUGAAAUAUGGCAGACACAGAUUUGGAAAAAGAACAAAAUCAAACUUUGCUACAAGCCAUACAAAACAAAUCCGAUAAACAGAAUGUCCCUGGGGACCCAAAAUCCAACAACAGUGAAGGCUUUUCAGCAUUUGUGAUACCACAGCUGAACAUAAACAAACUGACGUCAGCUGCAGAAAUGUCCACAACGGACCAAGAAGAACGAAGACGCGCAGUGGAUGCGCACAAUGAUAUGCUGCUUAAUGAAAUUAGGCGCCGCCAAGAGACCGACAGACUGGGGACUGCUCAGAUGGACCUCUUUAAGCCCACAAUGUUUGCAUUAUCGCAAAGUGACGGUCAAUCUCCACAAACGAAUACCCUUGCCGGCUUUACGAUUCCGAUAUUACGUUCAGCUGCUGGUGAGCCGCUCGAGCAGUCGCAUUUUGACAUCCCACUGCUGAACAAACUACGCAGCCAGAACAACUUGUUGGGUCUUAACCAAGUAGAGCAAGGUGUCAGCAAACUGAAAAUUACUCCUGCCGACGAAGGUGGUGACAGUGCCAAGCAGAACACCACGAUGCAGCAUCAUGUCAUCGACCUUACAUCAACCAUCAUUGCCGUUAAUAAGGACGCGCCGCCUCGGGAAUCUGCAAGCAAGAUGCGAUUAAGACUAGCUGAAAACACCGAAAAAUUCGACAUCCCAUUCAUAGCCUGUGAUCGACGUCGUUGCCGUUUUUCGGACGGACUAUUGGCAUCAAAGAAGCGUCGUUUCAGCAGCGGAUCAAAAGAAGACGUGGACCAAGAGCCAAUCGAUGACAUUGUAGAGGCGGCACCCAGUGCUAUAGGCAGAAUGUUUGACAUAAUACACAACUAUCCAGCCCCACGGCAGCCCCAGCUUAAAUAUGCCUCAACGCCCCUGGAACGCCAGCAUAUUAAGAUGUACAAACAUAAGGAUUACGGAUCCAAUAUAAAACGGUUUCUUUUCGAUACUCCUUCACCUGAUGAGGUAGUCAAAGAGGCAUUGAAGAAAUCCUGGUGUAUUUCGCGCACGUGAUUUAUCGUUGACAUUAGCAAUAAACUGACAAUUUUUUAAAUUCAAUAAAUAAGACCAUUAUUUGGAGGAGGCA